CUAGAAGCACGUGCAGCCUGACUUACUAGAAAUAAAAGGCAUUGCCACAGUGAGAGAGAAUUGAGACGGACGGUCCCUGUAGUUCAAGAAUGCGUUUCCAAACUGCUGCGAUUUAUAAAGGCAUAUGAGAGUUGUGAGGGUGGAUGCUGGCUCCAUCCUGUCUGUGUUGCUGGCCUCUAAACUGACUUACACCCAGAGGCCUGAGUUUUCAUUGGGAUAUUCAUACUGCUGGAGACGUUGGAGGUGGUCGUCAGUGCUCCCCUGGCCUUACUGGCAGCCCCUCGGGGUGUGAUCCUCCUGCGCUUCUCUAAAGUUUCUUUGCCACAGUGUGAAUGGCACUCAUUGCAUUGCCCCACUGAUCACAUAAGGAGUCUAGGCAGUGAACUCUGAACUUAUCUGCGUUGAUACCUAAACUUAGGUGAGAUCAUCUUCACCGUAAUUCCCACACCUUUCUUGAUUCUUGUGGACUGUUUCACAUGGGGAGAGUCACCAUGACUUCAACAGCUGACCUGUGUUAUGCGAUAAUGUGUUGACUUCAUUUUUGUUGACUCUCCUCUUGAUUCACAGGCUCCCAUUUGCUGCCCUUUGAGGACUUGUUGUUUUUUAUACAUGUGCCUUAUCCUUUCUUUAUGUGUCUCCUUUCACAGAAAGCAUUUGCUGCAUCUCCUUCACAUCCUCAGUUAUACCAGUUGCUGUCUCAGAACUUCUCAGUGAACAAUGGACAGUGAGCAGAACAUGCGUCCUGAAAUAUUUUGGGGUCUUCCAGUUUGGUCACUCCCUGUUUUCUGCAGAUCAGGCCGGAGGAUUCACUUUCCACCAAGAUGUCUGGUUUUUGGCACAGCUGUUAUUAAAAAAAAGUGUUGUUUUCUGGGCUGAGGAAUGCCACAUACACAUUUUCAGCUAGAAGUUGGCUUGCUUUAUCUCGCACCAUGGACUGUUCUGUUCAGGCCCUUUGAGAUAGCUGAGGUGGUCUGUACCUCUGAUGUGUUACCAGAUUCCAUGCUUAUUGGACAUUUUCUAUAUAACAGGUUACAUCUAGAUCAACUUUUAAAAAUAAUGCUCUGGGCUGGCUCCUUAAUGGGACAAACCAAACACCCCACAUAGAAACAAUGCAGAUACAGUUCCGAACAUUGAAAGUUUCGGUAGGUUGAGUUGUACUUUGAUUUGCACUCCAGUCAACAGAAUAUGUGCCAUCCUGCCCACUUACAGCACUGAUUAUUCAGCAGGUAUUUUAUCAGAGCAGCGCUUUGAGAAUGUGUUUCUAGAAUUUCUCUUUUUGUGAUGUUUAGAUUGGUGAAGUACAAAGUACGAGUUGAGGAAUAUGCUGGGAUUGAGAAUGUAUUUAAUUAGCUAAAACGCAAAACAGUGCUCCCCAAAAGCAGGAAGGGAUACCCCGCUUUCUGUGCGGUAGGGCAGCAGAAAAUCUUGUGUUUGUUGUUAUGUAGCAGCUUUUAACUGGUGAAGCUAAUACGUGGAGGACUGCUAUAAAGCGAUUGCUCAUCUCUCAAAUCCAGAGAUCAAUUUUCUGGCUAACUGAAGAUGCUCUUGCAAUGAGAAAUAACCAACUGUGGGCUCACUAAUGUAUAUGCACUGAAUUUUUGAAGAGAAACUGUGUGAAUAGGAGGUCUGCUCAAAGGUCUUGUGCCCAGUUUUGGGCUGUGGGUAAAGGGUUCUAAGAUGCGUGAAAAUUUGAGCAGCAAAUGGAUUAUGAAGUGUUCAUUUUUAGCACUAACAACUUUGGUGGGGCUUUUCUUAGAGACGUGAUCCUAGGGGUGGGUGCUAGGUGGGUACUGUACUGUCUUGAUGUAAACCCCAGCAAAAUUAUUGCUUUGUCUUUUGAGGCACCUGAGGGAGUUCAGUGAAGGCAAAAGGCCUGCAGACCUUUUGGGUGGAAGAAUAACUUGGGGCCAAGUGACUACUUUUAUAAUUCUGGUUUAAUCAUUCACCCCAUAAAGAGGUGCCAAUUACAAGAGGAUGUGACUUUAAACGUGAUUUACAGUAAUGUUUACAAUUAAGUUAUACAUAGAGAUAUCAUUAUGUAGUAAAAAUAUUUCCUAUUAUUUAUAAUAAAAAUAUAAACACUGCAAUAUAACUCUUUAUAGAAAUAGGUGGUUCAGAAUCUUCCUGGCUACAGAACCUGAAUUUUUUUGUCAGCCAGUGAGAUGAAGAAUUCAGCUGAAACUUGAAGCUGUUCCAGUGCAGGAAGGUUUAGUAUGUGGCUCUUGUCUGGACAGGGAAGGGGAAAUUACUGCAAAAUAAUUUGGAGAGUGGAUUUACAAGCUGGCUGUGUGCUCACUCGUAAUGGAUGCCCAUGUUACUCCACUGCACAAGCAAAAUGAGAUCUACCUGAGCUAACCUGGACUGAAUUACCACGAGAUAUUCCCAUGGCUAUGCUUGGCACAAGCAGCUGAAUGCUUUUUUUUUUUCUUUUUGUCCAUAGGAAAACCGUCCAAUCCCAGAACCGGGUCCUGAUGAGGUCCUCCUGCGGAUGCAUUCUGUUGGGAUCUGUGGGUCUGAUGUUCACUACUGGCAGCAUGGUCGAAUCGGGGAUUUUGUUGUGAAGGACCCCAUGGUGUUGGGGCACGAAGCUUCUGGGACUGUCGUCAAAGUGGGAUCAGGGGUGACUCAUCUGAAACCAGGUGAUCGAGUGGCCAUUGAGCCUGGCGUCCCAAGAGAAAUGGAUGAGUUCUGCAGAACUGGCCGCUAUAACCUGUCUCCAACCAUCUUCUUCUGCGCAACGCCUCCUGAUAAUGGGAACCUGUGCCGCUACUACAAGCACAGUGCCAGCUACUGCUACAAGCUUCCAGAUAAUGUCACCUUUGAAGAAGGAGCCCUUAUCGAGCCUCUUUCAGUGGGAAUCCAUGCCUGCAAAAGAGCAGGAGUCACUCUGGGAAGCAAAGUCUUUGUGUCUGGCUCUGGACCGAUUGGCCUUGUUAAUGUGCUUGUUGCUAAGAUGAUGGGUGCAGCAGCUGUGGUAAUUACAGAUUUAUCUGCCUCUCGCCUGCAAAAAGCCAAGGAGGUGGGGGCAGAUUUCACCAUUCAGGUGAAGAACGAGACCCCGCAGGAAGUGGCUUCCAAAGUGGAAAGUCUGCUUGGCUGCAUGCCCGAGAUAACUGUGGAGUGUACAGGAGUGCAAGCCUGCAUCCAGGCUGGCAUUUAUGCCACUCGGUCUGGUGGGACCUUGGUGCUGGUGGGGCUGGGGCCUGAGAUGGUCACUGUGCCCAUCGUGAAUGCUGCCGUGCGGGAGGUGGAUAUCCGGGGGAUAUUCCGCUACUGCAACACGUGGCCUGUGGCAAUUGCUCUGCUUGCAUCCAAGCGGAUCAACGUCAAGCCUUUGGUUACGCACCGCUUCCCCCUGGAAAAGGCUCUUGAGGCGUUUGAGACCACCAAGAGGGGUGAGGGGGUCAAGGUCAUGCUGAAGUGUGACCCCACUGACCACAACCCCUAAGCUGCUGCAGUGCCUGGCCCUCUCUCCCGUUACACCGCCUGCCUGAGAUGCGAAGCAUGAGGCCGCAGGAGGCUGAUGUACGGCUGUUGCAUGUUUACAGUCACCUUAUGCAGGCGCUGCUUUGUAAUCACAGCUAGAAAAUCAAACGAUUGUAAGGGUGAAUGGCACUGAGGGAUACAUCAUUAGAAUAUUAACAGGUAACUACACAUGGAGAACCAAUAGGGAAUAGUUUGAAUCAAAACACUGCUGUUUGGUUAGAGACGAUGGUUCACACAGUUGGCUCUUCUCUGGCAGACCCCACGCGGAGAAGAGCUGGAGUGUCUCUGCAUGUAUUGGGUAGAGCUGCCUGUGGGGCCGUGGGUUUUGUCCAUGCAGAUGUGCUGGGGGAGAGCGUCACCAGCUGCAUGGGUGAAGCGAGGAUGGAGAUGCUGGCGCUCCACCUUCCCGCCCCAGCACUGCCCUGGGGCUGUGCUUGCCGCAGCUCUUCCCAUGUGGCAAUCCCUGGGCGUCAGAUAGCCCUUAUAUGAGUACUCUCCCUUCCAGUUGCACCUUCCCUCGGGGAUGCUCAGGGACUGUAACAGCCUGUGGAACAAAGCCUGGCCAGCCCACCUCUAUGGGAAGCAUCUGCACAUUCAGGUCAUUCUCUCCAUGCUCUUUGCAAAUAGCAAUCUGUGGGCCCAAAGCUCAGAGCUUGCGGCUUUUUUGAAGAAGCUAGUCUGGAAGCCAGCUGGGACCAUUAUCUGCUGUGUCAUCUUCCCCAGCAGCUCUCCAUGGGGCAGAAGGACCGCUGCAGAGCAAGCUGCAGUGUGUUUGCAAGGAAGCUACCCUGUUUCUGGCUGGGACCGCAGAGAGCCCUGUCCUUUUGUGGCUCCCAAGGUGGGGCUGCUGUGGUGGGGCACGGCUCGGUUCUAGUGUGGAGGGGAGCGCAGGUGAGAAGUAAGGGGACAGCAUCAUGCAAAGGUUUUACCACUGCAAAUGAAUUGUAACUUUUCAGGGAUAUCAGGCCUUCCUGCUGAGUUUGUGAGCCAUGAAUGAGGUACUAACGAGGUGGCAGGUUGCAGGUAACAAAAUCUAAUCUUUGAUUACAGUCAUGUUAAUUUUAGUGC